AGAUUACUAAGUAGAAUAAAUUGUGUUGUAUUUCUGCUGUAUUAUAAUUUCGUUUGCAAUUAUAAGUGUGAGUAAAUGCGUCUAACCAUAUGUGUGUCUUAUCUCUAUGUUCGACUUCACAACUAGGUUAAGUUCCGUUUUAUGGUUUAUACGGGGGACUUCCAUGCAAGAACAUUAGUCGCACGUUACUGAGUCAGCUAUCAGAAAUGUUCAGAAGUCGUAUAUCAUAUGAGUUGGAGGUGAGAAACGUAGCUGUCUUUGAAAUUUCGCAACUUCUCAUAAAAUAGAGACCAUCAAAAGCGUUCACGGACCACCGGUUGGCGACCACUGAUCUAGAGAGCACUGAAAAGAUAUUCACAUAUUUAUGCAAGAAUUAGUGAAAGUGGAUGAAUAUCUUAAUGUUUUGAAACAGUCACGUUUGAAGCAGUGAUGGAGGGUGCUGUCGGAGUGAUAAUGAGAGUUCCUGGUCUCUUCAUUAUUGACUAUUGGUGGCAGCAUGAUCGCAAUAAAUCCUUACCACAUUCUAUGGAGUUAGGGGAGAUCUUGAAUUGUGUUGCUACAAAUUUAGUUCUUCUGCAUGGAUUUCUUCUCCUGUUACUUCCUUUAAGGCAUGUGAGAGCAUUAUACACACACUUUAUAAGUGCAGCCUUGAUAGUUAGCUGCCACAUGGUGUCUGGUUAUUAUAUCGAAAUGGAAAUGAAGAAAGCUGAGAAUGACUCCUAUGAUCCAUACUUCCUGAGACGACAGAUUGCUAUGUUUUUAUUUCAUGGACUCCUCGGAGGACUAAUCUCUUAUUUGCUGAAAGGUCCAUGGAUAUCUGUUCCACCUGUAUUCUCGGUUUAUGCCAUCCCAGUGAUUGCACGUUUAGCGAAUUUGCCCGUGGACGCUCUUCCUUUCUUCCAUAACUUUUGUAGAGCAGUUACUGGAUUCAAUGUCUUUCUUUAUAUUACGUAUCAAAUUCCAGAUAUCUUGGAUUGUGCCAAAUUAGCUUACAUGGAUGCUUUGACUGUAACAGAAGCAUAUGGUGUAACAACUUUGUUUACUUUAUUGUGGAAUAAGCUUUUUGUACCUACUCACUUUGCCUUAUUUUGGUUAAUAGAAUUUUGGGUAAAACUUGUGGGGUCAAUAUAUCAAGUGGAAAAGCUAGGUUGGGGAGACGAAUGGUAUAUUAUCAUUCUAACUACAAUCAGUUCCAUUUGUGCCAGUCCAGUUACUCUAGUCGCUGUUAGCAUAUCAUAUCUGUCUUUCUUUACCUUGUGUUCAACAAGAGCGUACCUACUGGGUCUUUCCGCAUUUUUCCAUGAUAAUCCAAUGCACAGUGGUUGGACAGAAGGCUUAACACUGAUAUUACUUUCCAUUCAAACGGGACUGAUAGAAAUGAAGAUGCCUUCACGUAUGGCUGUGAUGACUAUCAUAUUGUUUAUAGUACUUUCUUCUUUGUUGCAGUCUAUGUUGGAAAUAGCUGAACCAGUUGUUCUGGCUUUGAGUGCAUCCAGAAGUCGGAGUAUUUGGCGACAUUUUAGAGCACUCAGCUUGUGUUUCACAUUGUUGGUCUUCCCUUUGUAUUUAACUAAAGUGUUAUCAGCCAUCUUUCCCAUAGACUUUUGGAUGAUGGUUGUUCUUUCCAGUUGCACUCUGACUUCAGUGCAAGUUCUGGAUCUUCUUCUUGUUCAUUCUUUGUUUCUGUAUGACUCUGCUCGAUCGGAACCUUGGGAGAGCUUGGAUGAUACAGUCUAUUAUACUAGGGCCAUCACCAAAGUGUUAGAAUUCUUUGUUGCAAUUUUUGUCGUAGGUAUGGGAUUAUGGGAAUCUACCUCAGGUAAGUGGAAUUGGGUUAAUGCAUCUAUCUUGCUGGUUCAUUGCUAUUUCAAUGUUUGGCAGCGUUUGCAAACUGGAUGGCGAAGCUUCUUGCUGCGAAGGGAGGCUGCAAAGAAAGCCAAAUCAUUACCAUCUGCAACAGAGGAGCAACUUGCACUCCUUGAUGAUGUCUGUUCUAUUUGCUUUGGGAGCAUGAGUUCAGCAUGUGUUACACCUUGUCAACAUUAUUUUCAUAGGACAUGUUUACGGAAAUGGUUGUAUGUCCAAGACAAAUGCCCACUGUGCCAUGGUGUCAUAUCAUUGCCAACAUCCAUGGAAAAUAAUAAUGUACCACCUGCUGCUGAAGAUUCGCAAAGAAAUGAUGGAAUCAGGCCUGCUCUUUAGGUUUUCAUUUGAUAACUAGAUUAAUAUAAAUUCUGUGACAUUUAUGUGUGGAAAAUUAUCUUGAUAAGACAUUUUUGUCUUGGUGAAGAAUGCAAGCAUUGUGGUUACAAUUUUGCUAUAAGGAUACAUGCCAUGUUGUACAUACCAUCUUUUUUAUUGUAAUUUUUAACCACUCUUGCCUGUUUUUGUUUUCUCUAAACAAAAAUUGUGUAGUAUUUUAAACUUAGCUUCUACAUUAUACAUUGCUUAAGCAUGUAUUAUGUAUUCGAAUAAUUUUGUUUUCAAUAAAAUCUCAUAAAUUUUAAUUAAAA